AUGUCGAAUAGCACGGGCCUGAGCUAUUCAGCCACACUAUCCCAAGGUCUACCACCUGCAAAGAAGCAGCAGAGCGUAGAAACACAAUCUCAGUCGGCGACCUCCCAUGCCAGACCGCAGCAACAGCAGCAGCCAGAUUCACAACCACCAAGAUAUGAACCUUCUCCUUCACAUAUUCCGCGAACAGGAGCCGAGGAAGAAGAGAAUGUCUACGUCCUGACCCUCCUAACAGACAAGCCAUUGCACGACCGUAUGACCUCUCUGCGCAAGAAAUACUUUCCCCAACGAAUCAACAAGCUGGCAGCACACCUCACCCUAUUUCACGCUCUGCCCGAAAGCAAAUUGGACAGCGUCAUCAUUCCCACUAUCCUGGACGUGACCAGACGAACAGCUCCAUUCCGCGUCGCAGCAACAGAGCCUUUCCGUAUGAAAAAAGGGUUUGCAAUCUCCGUCUCGACUCCGCAUGGUGGGAGGCAAGCACAGCAAAUUCAUCGACAUUUGCAGGAGGCGUGGAAGGCAGAUGGCCAGUGGCUUUCAGAUCAGGAUGCGGGAGGCUGUCGAGUGCAUUACACGUUGAUGAAUAAAGUGGAUGAUGAGGUGGAAGUGCAAAACGCGCUUGAUGAGCUCAAGGGCUACUGGAAGGGUGAUGAUGGGAAUGCGGAGGGCUUGGCGCUGUGGAGGUAUGAUCGAGGGUUUUGGAGAUGGGAACGCAAGUUCUCUUUCCGAGGUUAG